AUGGGUUAUUUCCAUGUGACACAGCUCUUUAAGCAUACCUUGAUUUUCACCACUGGGGAGUACGUUGGGCUUCUGAUCAGACGCUUUGCGGGGAGUGGGGCAAACAGCCUGGUUUGGGUGGAAGUGCUACACGAUCAGCAGUGGGGGACCGUCUGUGAUGACGACUGGGACUUAACCGAUGCUGGAGUCGUGUGCAGGCAGCUGGGCUGUGGGACGGUGCUAUCAGCCCCAGGGGCGGCUCAGUUUGGACAAGGCUCUGAGCGUAUCUGGCUGGAUGACAUUAACUGCAAGGGGACAGAAGCUGCCCUCUCCGAAUGCACGGCCCGGCCCUGGGGAGACAAUAACUGUAACCAUGGAGAAGAUGCGAGUGCCGUGUGCUCAGAUUCAACCCCUCCAGCGGAGAUUCCGCUCCGGCUCGUGAACGGCCCGAGUCACUGCGCCGGGAGAGUCGAGGUGCUACACGACCAGCAGUGGGGGACCGUCUGUGAUGACGACUGGGACUUAACCGAUGCUGGAGUCGUGUGCAGGCAGCUGGGCUGUGGGACGGUGCUGUCAGCCCCAGGGGUGGCUCAGUUUGGACAAGGCUCUGGGCGUAUCUGGCUAGAUGAUGUUAACUGCACGGGGACAGAAGCUGCCCUCUCCGAAUGCACGGCACGGCCCUGGGGAGACAGUAACUGUAACCACGGAGAAGAUGCGAGUGCCGUGUGCUCAGAUUCAACCCCUCCAGCGGAGAUUCCGCUCCGGCUCGUGAACGGCCCGAGUCACUGCGCCGGGAGAGUCGAGGUGCUACACGACCAGCAGUGGGGGACCGUCUGUGAUGACGACUGGGACUUAACCGAUGCUGGAGUCGUGUGCAGGCAGCUGGGCUGUGGGACGGUGCUGUCAGCCCCAGGGGUGGCUCAGUUUGGACAAGGCUCUGGGCGUAUCUGGCUAGAUGAUGUUAACUGCACGGGGACAGAAGCUGCCCUCUCCGAAUGCACGGCACGGCCCUGGGGAGACAGUAACUGUAACCACGGAGAAGAUGCGAGUGCCGUGUGCUCAGACACCCUCCCCACCCCCACCCUCCUCCUGAACCAGACGUCGGCCCGGCUGGGAGACUCCGUGCGGCUCCAGUGCUCCGUGUUCUCCUGGGCCCAGGCCACCCGUGUUGUCUUCUACAAGGACGGGGAGGAGGUUUCAUCCCAGACGGGCUUGGAGGAGAAGUUCACGUACAACUAUGACCACGUGGUGACCAGCAACAACAGUUCUGGGAGCUACGCCUGUGGGUACGAGAUCAAAGGCAGCGACAGCCGGGUGACCAGAUCCCAGCUCAGCUCUGCCCAGUUCCUCAGUGUUACUGGGCCGGCCAUGUCCCCGGCCAUCUGGGCCACUCGCUGCACCCUGGUCCUGCUGCUCCUGGUGUCCGGGCCCGUCAUCACCUUCGUGCUGGAGAAACGGGCCCUGCCCCAGCCUGCGGGGCUGGAGGAGACUCGUGGAGGGAGCGUCGGCAUUUCUGGGGGGAGGGGGCAAUGGGGCUUUGAGCAGGAGGAAUGGGAACGAGGGGGCAGGAGGAGAUACCCAUUGCAGGGAGAGGGCAGGGGGAGAUACCCAGUCCCCAUUGACCGGCUGUGA